GUGCGUUGUAACUAAUGUUUCCUGGCCUGGGUGGUUGGACUGCUCGAUCUUUCGCUCACUCUGUGCUGUUGCCUUCCCUCGCUUCCUCCAGGACAAGGUUUAGAGCCAAGUGUUUGGUUAAUUACGGCAUGACUGUGAACGAUAACUUGCUUUCCAAACCUAUAAGGCGUGCUAAUUUUCGAUUAUGCAAUGUUUCAGGUUACAUUUCUGAAGUAUUGGAGAUUCGGGCUGAGGCUCCUAAACUGCAUGUUCUGCUUGUUCCUGGAAACCCAGGUGUUGUUUUAUUCUACAAGGACUUUGUGGAAUUUCUAUAUGAGCUGCUGGAGGCAACUGCGUCUGUGACUGCUAUCGGCCAUGUUUCUCACUCAAGAAAGGACUUGGAACAUGGACGCAUGUUUUCUUUACAGGAACAAAUUGAUCACAAGGUAAUAAGGCUUACUAUUUUGAUCUUAGUAAUCGUUUACUGUUUUUGGUUGGAGAAACUUAUCAAUGGUUUAUUUCAAUGCUAAUUUAUAAAUUGGUUA